AUGAAAUCAUCCACACCCAAUACCGUGGACAAGGUGGUUUCUGGUGAUGCUGGUACCUCUGCCGAAAACCCUAUCGAUGCUCUCAUUAUUGGGGCUGGUCCUUCCGGUAUGGUCUCUCUCCGGAACCUUCUAAGAGACGAGCCACCACUCUCUGUACUUGCUAUAGAACGUCAAGAAGGACCAGGAGGUAUCUGGACAGGUCAUAUUCCAGAGUAUUCAACACUACAAGACUUAGUCUGUGAAUAUGAAUGUCAUGGUGUCAAGUUUCCUCGACGAGAACCCCAAAGGCGAGCAUCAAGAGACCAAGUCGCUGAGUUUUGUGAGGCAUACUUCAAGGAGUUUCAUCUACAUGAACAUGUAUUGUGGCAGCAUGAUGUAGCCCACGUGGAGAUGGUCAAGCCAAUGCUUCACAAGGUGGACUUGCGUCCUUUCGUUGAAGGAUUGGAGAAGCCCGUCUCUCGAACCGUCUACACUCGAAGUGUUCUCGUUUGCACUGGACAUAACCAAGUUCCAUACAUGCCCAAGUUUCCCGGCCAGGAAACAGCAACGUUCCCCAUAAUCCACAACAACAACAUUCGUGAUCCAAAAGAGCUUCCUAAUUCCGAUAUCGUGGUUGUCGGAGCUGGACCUUCUGCUAUGGACAUAAUUCAACAGGCCUGCUUGACAAACGAGUCAGAGAACGUGCAUCUCGUUGCACGCUCGCCUCACUGGGGUGCUCCAGACAUGUGGUGGCCGUCCCUGUGGAAGUUUGGAUGGACUGACCUACACUUAUGCCGAGUUCUAUAUCGUGUCCUACCUAUCUUCGUCGUCGACUCCAUCCUAUACUUCAUCCACUUUAUUUGGGCCCUCAUCCAAGGCGUACCAGAAUGGCGACCUCCCUUCCACGAGGGUGCUUCAGCAAAGGUCGGCUACAUUCUACGAUCCCAUCUCGUCCCCGCAUACAAAAAGGGCCAAUUCAAAAUCCACAACGGCUGCGGAAUCAAAAACAUCGACGGAGACAAAGUAAUCCUUUCCAAUGGCACAAUCUUGACUCCUAAAAUGUUCGUCGCAGCUACAGGAUGGUCCACCGAAUCCUCGUAUCUUCCUGAGGGUUGCGAAGCAGGCGAGUACGACUCCUUGGCUGCGGCGGAUAUCGAACGUCCGUUGUACCUCCGUUUCUACGAUCAAGAUUAUCCUGGAAUAUUUUACAUCUCAGUAGCCGCCGGCUUCAUCACCUACACCGAGAAUGCGUCUUAUCUCAGUCAAGCUGUUAAUCAGAUUCUCCGGGGGACAUGGACUCCUCCGUCCGAGGAUGCUAUCAAGAAAAACACAAAGGAAGUUGUGCUGCAUCACAUUACUCUUCCUGGACUCAUUGAGAAUGAUCUUGAAGCUGCGGGCUUUAAGGAUUUGAGGGGUAAGAACUAUCGCUGA